CUUGUUCGCAUUCUAUAUGAAGUCAGAUUGAACCCAUUUUUGUUCUCGCACUGCCGCGCCUCAUUAUGCACAGGCCUAGGGUACCGUAUUGCGCUGUAUCCAUCCCUAUACGCAGGCGUGCACAGCGGAGCAGAUAUACCAUAUUGUGCAGUCGUUUGUCUGUUUUUCCUUCAUACUUUGCGAGAUUUUUCUGAAAAACGUCCUCCUUAUGCCUCGCAUUUGAUGUCAUUUUGCUCCUUGCACAGAGUUUUCAAGCGUUGCUAAUUGAUGAGAGUCAACAUGUCUUAGCACAUUCUGCUAUUGCACUGAGAACGCAUGCACGGAGACAACAGCUGUUACGCAGGAAAUCCUUCGAUUCGGCAAUUGUACGCUCUUAUUAUAUCUAUCUUGUCAAUAAAAACAAACCUUGAUCUCCAUUUGAUCAUGUGGUACUGUGAUUCGAUCAUAAAUCUGAACUUCAGGGUUCAUAUAACCUAACCCUGAUGUGAAUCGUGGUGACGAAUAACGACAUCGAUAAUUUUCGUCUAUGCUGUUGUCUCCCUUUAAUGUUGUAGCGUUUCUGGUGUCAAUACUCAUCCGCUCUCGAUCGUCUACAAAGGAGUCGGAUUAACAUUGUACUCCGAGUACAACUUGACGUAUAACUCCAUCAGUAGAAUUGGAUAGGACUACCGAUCAAUCUUGAUCUCCUAGUCCCUUCACAAGACUACACACACUUCAAGAAACACUGGAUUCCAGGUUGAUAGAUCUUCCACGACUUCAUCCAGAGGCACUUGUCAAUAACAUCCAAGAUGGCGACACCCAAAGCCGCCAAGGUGAAGGAGUUCUUCAGCAGUUGCUUCCAACGUCUCAGUCGGACCAAGAAGUUGGACUCGGAGGAUAUCGAGCAGAGUGAACUGAAGAGAUGUCUGAGUAUGUGGGAUCUAACAGCCAUUGGGGUCGGGAGUACCCUUGGAGCAGGUAUCUACGUCCUGGCAGGGCAAGUAGCCCGUGAGGUGGCCGGACCAGCCAUCGUUCUCUCCUUCUUGGUUGCCGCAGUAGUGUCUUUGCUAUCCGGGUUGUGCUAUGCCGAGUUCGGCGCCCGUGUGCCCAAGACUGGCUCCGCCUACACAUAUUCUUACGUCACAAUCGGGGAGUUUUUCGCCUUUACGAUUGGCUGGAGUAUGAUCAUGGAUAACAUCAUAGCCGGUGCUAGCGUAGGCAAGGCUUGGAGUGAAUACCUGGAUGCCAUGCUGAAUGCGACCAUUAGUACGCACAUCAAGGCGCAUGUUGGAACGUUUAAUUCAGCAUGGUUCGGUGACUAUCCUGAUUUCUUGGCCUUCUGUCUCCUGAUCGCCGUCACCAUCAUCAUCGCCUUCGGUGCCAAGAUGUCAUCAUCGGUCAUGCUGGGUUUCACUGGCAUCAACCUUAUCGUCAUCGUCUUCAUUGUCGGUGCCGGAGCCUUCUUCGUCGAGGGAGAGAACUGGACUGGAGGCAAAGGCUUCUUUCCGUUUGGAUUUUCUGGGGUGUUAGCGGGUUCAGCUACAUGUUUCUACGCAUUUGUCGGUUUUGACGUCAUAGCGACAUCGGGUGAGGAGGCGCGCAACCCCAGCAAGGCCAUACCAUUCGCUAUCAUGUUGACCCUAAUCAUCUGUCUGGUCGCCUACGUGAGCGUGUCCGCCAUCAUGACCUUGAUGGUUCGAUACGAUGACCUCGCCCCUUUCGCUCCACUAGCAGAAGUCUUCGACCAGCGCGGAUUCACAGUCGCCAAGUACAUCGUGUCGGUAGGGUCCCUGAUUUCUCUCUCUACGUCCAUGAUGGGAUCAAUCUUCCCGCUUCCGCGAAUCAUCUACGCCAUGGCCAAAGACGGCGUCAUCUUCAAGUUCCUUGCGAAAGUCAAUCCCCACUCCAAUGUUCCAAUCUAUGCUGCUAUUUCGGCUGGUUUGUUGACUGCCAUCAUGGCGUUGAUCUUCAAUCUAGAGCAGCUAGUGGAAAUGAUGUCCAUUGGGACGCUGAUGUCGUACACCCUGGUUGGUAUCUGUGUCCUUCUCUUGAGAUACAAACCUGGUAUCAUCGGCCUUGAUAGGGAAGAAGCCAAACGACUUGGAGAAAAGCAUAAGAAGAAGAAGCCGGCUGAAGAGACCGCUCUUGUGGGCCUGGCCGGAUCAGAAGGGAAACACAAGACAUACACUAACUUAUCCCCAAAUAGCGAGGAAUUCGACAUUAUUCACGACGCAGAGGGCGCCACAGAGCCCGACCCGAAAGCAGCAGCCAUGUCUGGAGAAAAUUCCGGGCAAAUUGAGCAGAGUAUGACGAAGCAGUUGAUAGAUGAGCAAUCAAAAGGAAUUAGUUCUUCAUCCAGUGGCGAGAACAAGCUUCCAAAAGAGCCAACUAAAGCGACCUACAAAAGUGUAGUCAUAUGUAUCUCCAUAAUCUGUGUCGACUUUUUCCUCCUGAGCGCUGUUUUAGUUCUAGGUGAACAGGGUGUCCUAGAAGGCACCUGGUGGGCGAUCACGCUCUUAGUUCUACUCAUUGGUGUCGUCAUGGUGCUACUGGUGGUCAUAGAGAGGCAACCUCAGAAUCGGAUGGAGCUCUAUUUCCGUACACCUUUUGUCCCCUACCUACCAAUUCUUUCGGCCUUCUUCAAUAUAUUCCUGAUGUUUAAGCUUACUCAGGCCACGUGGAUACGAUUUGUAGUCUGGCUUGCUAUAGGCCUGAUGAUCUACAUUGGUUACGGGAUGCGUCACAGUGUGGAGGAGACUGGUCAGGAGAGGCCACAUCAAGGUCUGGAUGAAUCGGAAGCUGAUGAGAUCUCACUUUAUGAUGCCUCCAAGGAACCAAACCGACAGAGGACAGAACAAGAUAGUCAACCGCCGCAGCCUUAGGCCAUUGAGAUGUAUUUAUUAAAGGCUCGACGGUCGAGUAGUGUCGCCGCCGUCGCCUUAGUUAGAAAAGAAAGUAGUCUCUCUCUCUCUCUCUCUCUCUCUCUCGAUGUAUUUUGACACUUUUCCCUCUAACCUUUUUAUCCGCCCGUACCCAGGUCUCUCUCUCCCUUUCUCUCUCUCCCUUUCUCUCUCUCUCUUUCUCUCUCUCUCUCUCUCUCUCUACUGUUUCUAUCUCUCUCACUCGCUUCCUUUCUAUAUGUUUCUGUGCCUGACCCUCCCCCUUUCUGUCUCUGUCGUCUCUUUGCCUCUGUCUC